GGCGCGGCGCGGCCAUGGACCGGCGGCGGCGGCGGGGCCCGGGCGAGCAGGAGUGACCCAUCCGUGACGCCGGUGGGAUCCCGGCUGUGGAGCCCCAGCUGUGAGCAGCAGACACGGGACCCAGCGUGGCACAGCCUCCCCUGGUCGCCACCAUGCCGAUCCUCAAGCAGCUCGUGUCCAACUCCGCGCACUCCAAGCGCCGCUCGCGGGCCGACCUGACGGCCGAGAUGAUCAGCGCGCCCCUGGGGGACUUCCGCCACACCAUGCACGUGGGGCGCGCCGGGGACGCUUUUGGGGACACCUCCUUCCUCACCAGCAAGGCCGGGGAGCCGGUGCCGGAGGUGGGAGAGGAGCUGGGAGCCUCCAAGCCCAGCCUGCUGUCCCGCCGCUUCCGCAGCAGCAAGCGCUCACAGUCGGUGACGCGCGGGGACCGCAGGGACAUGCUGGGCUCGCUGCGGGACUCGGCGCUCUUCGUCAAGAACGCCGUGUCCCUGCCCCAGCUCAACGAGAAGGACGUGGACAGGAGCGCGGGGCAGCUGCCCAAGAGCCUCUCCUCCAGCCCCGUGAAGAAGCUGCCCGAGGAGACGAGCCCCGAAGAGCAGCAGCGCCCGAACGGGGCGGCCGCGGGGCCGCUGAGCCCCGGCUUGGAUGAGCGCGACUUCGGGGACAUCACGGACCUGCCCGUGGUGGUGGCCAAGGGCGGGGCGGGCUUGAAGCACGCUGAGUCCAUCAUGUCCUUCCACAUCGACCUGGGGCCCUCCAUGCUCGGGGACGUGCUGAGCAUCAUGGAUAAGGAUCAGUGGGAGCAGGAUGAAGAUGCCGAGGCGGAGGAGGAGGAGGAGGAAGAGCAGGGGGAGCCUGCCCCGCCUGGCUCCCCGCUGGUGGCCGUGGCGGCCCCGCCGAGCCAGAGCCCAGCCCGUGGCGCCGGUGGCCGCAGCCCCAGGGACAGCAGUCCGGCCUCCAGCUGCACCUCGGGGCCCGAGGAGCGCAGCCCCGUCCCCCGGCCCCCGAGCCAGCGGGGAGGGCCCCCGAAACGCCCUGACAAGGAGUUCUCGUUCGCUGAUGAAGACGAUGACGAGAUCCGGGUAUAAAGGCGGGAGCCCAGCCGAGGGUCUGGUUCUCACUGCGGUUGCUUGGACACAGGGCUGAACACCCCAACUGGUGGCACUGGGCAAGACUGGACUCCUGCCUCGUUCUCUCUCUGUGCUGCAGCAGGACAGCGCUCUGCUCCCGGGGCUGGGGGCGUUCCUGGCAGCCCCCAGAGAGCUCCAGCACUUCCUGGGAGGUGGAAGCAGACUCGAUUUCGGUUCUUUCUGUUGGACUUUGGAUACUAGCUCCUUUCUCCUGCCCCCCGGCCCAUGUAAAGCGAUUUAGGAUCCAACAAGACGAGCCUUUGGAGUUUUAGCCCCUUUAGUAAUAUAUAUAUAUUUUCCACCAUGCA